AUGGAAGCAGUGUCCAUGAAGGGUACAUUUGCCGCGAAGCCUUUGAAGCAUUGUCACUACUUUGUGACCGGAAGAGAAGGUCCACCACCACGAUUCUCGGAAAUCUACUCAUACUCCGCUGUGGUCGUAGACUCGCGCACGUCUGCACAGAGACCUCGGUUCCUCCGUCCCGACAUGGAUGAUCCUGAUGAAUGUGGCCCACCACAUGUGAGAAGAGAUGUGGCGACAUCCACCAGUUUUUGGGCCGUGACGGAGAUAGCGCGGCACAGUAAUGCCGAGGGGGCGGACUCAUCUCACGAGACGUCGUGA